CUGUGACAGUUUGGGCAGGAGAAGGUGCAGGACGUCGUGUACCGCACGAUGGAGAUCUUCCAGCUGCUGCGGAACAUGCAGCUCCCAAAUGGUGUCACGUACCAUACUGGAACAUACCAAGAUCGGCUAGCAGAGCUCCAGGAUCACCUUCGCCAGCUUUCUAUUCUCUUCCGGAAGCUGAGACUGGUCUAUGACAAAUGCAAUGAAAACUGCGGAGGGAUGGAUCCCAUUCCAGUAGAGCAACUCAUUCCAUAUGUGGAAGAAGAUGGCUCAAAGAAUGAUGAUCGGGCUGGCCCACCUCGUUUUGCUAGUGAAGAGAGGCAAGAAAUUGCUGAAGUAAAUAAAAAACUCAAACAGAAGAAUCAACAGCUGAAGCAAAUUAUGGAUCAACUACGAAAUCUCAUCUGGGAUAUAAAUGCCAUGUUGGCAAUGUGGAACUAAACUGAUAUUUACAUUUCCUGCUUUACACGUUAUACCAUUUUUCCCCCCUCAGGUAUUUUUUCCCUUUGAAGAAGAUUAUUUAUCUGUUUAUAUUCCAGUCAAUAGAACUAAAGUUCUAUUUUUACAUUGUGGUUUUACAUUAAAGUAGUCCAUGGCAAU